CAUGAGUUGGUUUCAUAGACCAACCCGACAAUCUUUCCUGAUGCUCUUGGUAGUGGUACUUGGCCUCCUCACUGCCAAUGUCCAUGCUACUCCCAAAUGGAACACAGUCAAUGGAAACGAUCUUGACGGUAAUGCUUGCCCAUUGCCUACCUACAAUGCUUAUCCCUGCCCAGUUAUUUGUGUACGAAAUAUCCAGCAAUGCCCUCAAAAAUGGCAGCCUUCUCCUUGUGCUUCUGGUGAAACUUAUUGUGUAGACGGUCAAUGCCAUUCUGGUGGCUGCCCAAGCGAUUUACGUUCAUAUUGCGCUUGCUUUGGUGCGCCAGAUAUUCAGGGUGACAUGUAUCCUUGUGCCAUGGACCAAACUGUCACCAUCCCUCAAUUUGACGCAAAUAACAAGACUGCGCAGAGUCUAGCAGCCUGUCAAUCCGAUGCUGGUAUCUCGGUUGGAGAUUGGGCACCAGACGCCCAGGGUGCAAUGUGGAACACAUGUCCUGCAGAAUACGUAGCAGAUGGUCCACCUGAUUUUACUUCUCCUUUCUUUUUGGCCUUGUGGGUUUUCUAUGCCUCCUUGUUGGCUUUGAAUGGUUUAUGGUAUAUGUACAAGCUUGCUCGCGAAAAGGCUAUCAAGGCUAGUUUCGGCCGAGUCGAAGACUUUAGAGUUGAGAAGUACUCUGAUCAUCGUGAUGAAAAGCUACCCGGUUCCAACCCCAGUGAGAAGGAAGAGCAAGAAGAUGAUACUGCCAGUUAUAUCUCAUCCACUGAGCCUCAAGACAAGAUGGUCAUCAAAGCUUACAAGCGCGAUCCUAUCGGUGUUGUCAUGUUUGUUGUCUAUGGAUUACAAACCUUGGGACUUGUCGGCAUGAUGAUUACUAUGGUCUACGAUUACUAUCCCCGUGGUUGGAUUCCCGCUUAUCAACUUUUUAAUGGCGACGCGCUCGUGCAAUCGUCCACUUUCAUGGGCAUGUGGUAUGUCCUCUUCUUCUGGUUCGCUACCCUGGUCAUUUUCCGAUCCCGCAUUCCAAACUUCUACCGAAUUCAAUGCACCUACAAUCAAGGACAAUAUGUACAAGUUGAAAAGAAUGAACCAUCUGUCGUCUUGCUUGAAGACUCGAGCGUUCUUAUGGAUACCGUCAGAGCCAUGGAAGCGAAAGCAAAGAAAAUGUUUGGUCUCGAUGUUGUUGUUAACACCGCUCCAUUGCAAUACACAAACGCUGGUACAAAAUACUUUGAGUAUCAAUGUACUCGCUUUGUCUUCAACCCCGAAACCCAGCUCUUUACUCCCCAUGACUUUGAGCUUGGAGAGACCAACAGGGAAUUGAGAGCUCUGGCCGGUGGUCUUACCACUGAGGAAGCCAGUAACCGUAAGGAACUCAUUGGUCCCAAUUUCAUCGCUGUCUACGUUCCCAACUUCUUCAUGGCUGUCGUUCGCGAAUUCACCUCCUUCUUCUACAUUUACCAAUUCACUGUCCUUUGGCUGUUCUACUACUUUGCCUACUGGCAGAUUGGUUUGGUAGACACCGGUGUCAUUCUUCUAUCCGCCUUUCUGAAGGUUGUCAUCCGUCUCCGCUCUGAACAUCGUUUGAAGAAGAUGGCUGAAUUUACCGAUAACGUCAAUAUUCUUCGUGACGGUAAAUGGGGUUCCUACUCUACUGCUGAUCUGGUACCAGGUGACGUCUUUGAAGUAGCCGAAGGAAAAACUUCCCCUUGUGAUGCUAUCAUCCUCAGCGGUAACAUUGUCGCUGAUGAAAGUUCUCUUACUGGUGAACCCUUGCCAAUCCGUAAAUUCCCCAUUCGUGAUGAAGACGUUGCCUACGAUCGUUUGGGAGCUGGAAAGAUUUCCACGUUGUUUUCUGGAACCAUUAUGUCUCAAGCUCUCCGUGUUCAAGAUGAACCUGUUUCUGCCGUAGUCACUCAGACUGGAACUGCCACAGACAAGGGUGAACUCGUCAAGAAGAUCCUUUUCCCCAACAAGGUCAGCUUCAUCUUUGAUGAGCAGAUCAAGAUUGUUAUUUUGAUCCUUCUCUGCUGUGGUGCCAUUUGCUGUGGUCUUGCUAUCUGGCUUUACGUUGCUGGUACCUCUGCAUGGUUCUAUGCUAUGUUCUGUAUCUGUCAAUUGGUCUCUCCUCUUCUCCCUGCUGCCUUGGUCGUAGGUCAAUCCGUUGCUGCCGGCCGCCUUCGCAAACAAAAGAUCUUCUGUGUCGAUUUGCCUAGAAUCUUAAUGGCUGGCAAAGUUCAACUUUUCUGUUUCGAUAAAACUGGUACUCUUACAAGAGAAGGUCUCGAAUUCUUUGGUGUCCAACCUAUCGAAGAUGUCAAUAAUAUUGCUUCCCACCGUGCCGCAGAAGUCAAUCCUACAUUCGGUGAGCAUAUUACUGCUAUCAAGGAUAUCCCUCGUGUGAUGCAAAUCGGAACUGCUUCUUGCCAUGCCGUUACUACGCUGAAUGGCACAUUCAUUGGUAACCCUGUCGAUAUCGAAAUGUUCAGAGCUAGCAAGUGGACUCUUGAGGAAUCCUCUGAUCCUAAAUACGUUGAUACCUUGACUCCACCGGCCGAUACCCCUGGAGAACAAGCUCACCCUGUUCAUGUGAUCAAGCGUUUCGAAUUCGUUCACGCUCGCAUGUCGAUGUCGGUCGCUGUAUUGGAUACCUUAACCAACAAAGUUCAUAUCUUCGUCAAGGGUGCCUAUGAAAAGAUUAAGGAUUUAGCCAUCCCCGCAUCCAUUCCUUCGGAUUAUGAUAAGGUCACUGCUGGAUUGGCUCGUCAAGGUUGUUAUGUUCUUGCUCUCGCUCAUCGCGAAAUUGAUUUGGAUCAAAUUGGUGGUUUGGAAAGUUUCAAUCAGUGGACUCGAGAUCAAAUGGAAGAGAACAUCGACUUUUGUGGUCUCAUCGUGUUCAAGAAUCAAUUGAAAGAAGAUACUGCUGAAGCUAUUGCUGAACUCAAGCGUGGUGCCACUCGUACCGUCAUGAUUACUGGUGAUACCGCCCUUACUGGUGUCUAUGUUGCUCGUCAAUGUGGUAUGGCUGAUCCUAAUGCAAAGGUCUUGCUGGCUGAUUUGGACAAGGAAACCAAUCGUCUUGUCUGGACCGACGUUGACGAACCUGAAGUUUUCAACGAUGUCAACCCUGAUGAUUAUCUCCUCAACCGUGACCAUACGCCCGUUGAAUUAGCUGUUACUGGUAAGGCUUUCCACUGGAUGGUUGAUCACGAUCUGAUUCGCAAGUAUCUUUUGGAUAUCCGUGUAUUCGCCCGUAUGACCCCCAAUGGCAAGGUUCAAUGCAUUCAACUUCAUCAAGAGCGUGGUAUCACUGCUAUGACUGGUGAUGGUGGCAAUGAUUGUGGUGCUCUUCGCGCUGCCCAUGUCGGUUUGGCUAUGUCUGAGGCCGAAGCCUCCAUCGUAUCUCCCUUCUCCACCAGUGUUCGUUCUGUCCGCUCCUGUGUUGAACUUAUUCGCCAAGGACGUGCAGCAUUGGCUACAUCGGUUACCGGAUAUAAAUACCUUAUUCUAUACGGUCAAGUCAUGAUGAUGUUGAAGAUCUUUACUUUCUAUUUCUCUCUCUCCAUGUCCCAGGCUGUUUGGAUUGCUGUCGAUGCUUGUAUCACCGUCUUGUUGACCUGGGCUGUUUCCCAGUCCCAGGCUAACCCUCGUCUUGAGCCUCAACGCCCUACUGCUCGUAUUCUUGGCCCCCAGAUUUUGAUUUCCACCAUUGGACUUGUCCUGAUCAACUGGAUUUUCCUUAUUGGAGCUUUUGGUAUGCUUUUCCAGCAACCGUGGUUUGUUUGUAAUAUGUUUGACUCUUCUGCCGUUGAUGUCUCAAAGUGGUGGCUGUUGGCUGAUAAUUUCGAAGCUGAAGUUCUGGCUCUCGUCUGUCUCUUCCAAUUUAUCAACAACGCUGCUGUUCAAAACUUCGGUUACAAGUUCCGUCAAAGCUGGUGGCGCAACUACAUUCUGGUCUUCCUUUGGGCUGCCUACCUUGCCAUCGUCUCAUACUGGCUAUUGGCUGACCCUAACAACUUUGGAUGCAUGAUGCGCUUCAACUGUGGUUCCCCUACUGUGCUUCAUGAAAUGGGUUACUAUGGCGUUACCUCCAACGUUGAACUUUACAACACCCCUCUUGGCCAUAACGUUUUACCUGUUGAUUUCCGAUGGAAGCUCUGGGGUCUGUGUGCGGGUAACGUCGUCGCUGGUCUUGCCUUUGAGCGCCUGGUCAUUUUGGGACCUGUCCAUGCAUGGCUUGCACGAACCUUCCCUGUCGAACGCUUACAAGUCAAGCUUUAAGCGUGGUGCGUACGUAAUCUGUCGUUCGCUGGUAGUUCGAUCGCCCCAUCAUUGUUUCCGUUUCUUCCUUUCUAUGCUCAGUUUGUUUAUAUAGAUGUGCCUAUUGAAUGUAAUAUAGUCCUAAUCGUUUUAGUUAAAAAGUACUCAGUAUAUUCUGGAAAGAAUAAAAACUCCAUUUGAGUAUAUA